UAUACAUUCUACAAUAUUGCCAUUUUGUCUUUGGUGUUCCGAAUUUACAUAAUCCAAUAUAAUAAAUGUUCAGUGUUCCACUUCGCGGUGAGCGGUUUAAGUGACAGGUAACGCCUUUUGCGCCCAGUGCGAAUAUAGAUCUUUAUAGGCAGGACAAAUAACUAUACUCGUCCAACAUGACGUUGGAAUACGACAAUUUUUUUCACUACUCGUCUCGGCUGCUGAUGGCCGAGGUGCUGGGCGACGUUUACGUGGAAAUGUCCAAGAUGGAGUCUGCAAACAGUCGGUUCAUGUUCACGCGCGGCCUGCUCCACAAACACAAAAUGCUGAUCCCGACGUUGGACAUCGACAUCGAGUACGAUCAUCCCAUCAUGUCGACGAGCCUCCGACAAAAUGGCAACGUAUUAUUCAAUGCCAAGUUCUACACAGAGGCCGCCAAAAUUUACACCAAGAGUUUAACGGGCAGCAAUCCGAGCACCGAGUAUUACGCGCUCGCGCUGGCCAACCGAUCGGCCGCGUACUUCCACAUGGGCCAGUACGAGCUUUGCCUGAAGGACGUACGUUGUGCCAUGUACUCCAAUUUCCCGUCCAAACUCGCGUACAAGCUAUACGAGCGGGCCGGGCACGCAGAACGCAAGUUGGGUUUCGUCGAACGGGCGAAGCAGAGCUACGCCGUAUGUCUGACACGACUGGACGAGGCGGACAUGUCUGCGGAGAACAAGCGCAAGUUCAGAGCGGCGGUCGAAAUUGCCGCUACCGAGUGCGAGGAGCUGCUGACUGCAGAGCGGAAAAUGACGACGAAAACACAUCGCGUCGAGCAUCUGGUUGGCGGAAGAAACGAAAAUAUCCCUGCACUAUCGGCCUUUGUGGAACUGAAAAUGUCCGAGGAUAUGGGACGAGGUGUUUAUGCCACCCGCGAUAUAAACCCCGGUGAUGUUGUGGCCAUAGACGAACCUUACAUUGGUGGGCCUAUUCGAGACGUUUGUCAUUAUAAUGGUUGUCUAAAAUUGGAAAUCGCUCCUAUUUGCUGUCCAAAAUGUUUAUUGGUUUAUUACUGCAAUAAAGACUGUAUGGAUAAAGAUUACAAAGAUGGACAUCAUUUGGAAUGUCCAAUUAUAUAUUUCAUCAAAUCAACACCAGGAAACACAAGAAUGAAUGAACUUGCUAUGAAGUGGUUUUUAAAAGAGUAUUUAAAAAUGGGUUUGAAAAAAUAUUGUUCGAUAGUUGAUAACUUUUCUGAAUCUAAAAUUGAUCCUAUGACAAGGGGUUUUGAUGAGAGUGGUCAAUAUAAGUCUGAUAAUUUUUUAACAGCUUAUUCUUUGGAUAAUAGAGAAAACAAAAUGUCAAUAGACGUCUUGUUUUUUUUUAACUGUAUUGCUGUGGAUAUGUUACAUUAUUUAAUAUUAAGUGGCGUCAAAAUUCCAAAUUUGUAUAUGGGUAGUGUGGGGGCUUCCUUGGUGCAUAUUCUAACUGUUUUAGAUUUAAAUUCCAGAAAGUUAAACAUCAAUUCCCCUUCUGUAUCUUUUCGAAGAGAUCGCAAACUUACUCUUACAAUAGCAUUAACUUUGUAUCCAACCAUUUCUUUGUUCAACCAUUCUUGUGAUGCAAAUAUUAAGCGGAGUGGAGAAAUAUCUGAUAGAAUAAGAGUUAUGAAAGCAAUUCAACCAAUUCCCAAAGGAACUCAGUUAUGCUGUACUUAUGGAAUAAUGUUUAAAGGACAUGAUAAAGAAUCAAGGCAAAAACUUUGCAAUGAUCGUUUUUACUUCAAGUGCUACUGCCAGCCUUGCAUAAAGAAUUGGCCAACUUUUAAUUUUAUGCACCUUUAUGCAUUAAAUAUUCUGAAUCCUACUAUGGCAGAUAUUGUGUCAUCCGAGUGCUUAAAAUUUGUGAAAUUUACAAAAUCAGUGGAACCAAAAGAUCAUUGUCAGCAUUUAAACUAUUUAUAUUCUUUUAUUAAACUUUUGUAUGCUAAUGUAAAACGACCAUUUGCAUUAUAUGAGGAAUGUCUUGAAAUGAUAUAUAAUGCCCAUAGCAUAAGUACCAAUGCACUAACUGUUUGUGAACAUCCAUGAAUAUUGAUCGAUAUCUUACUUUUAUAAUAGGUUUAUUAAUAAUUAAGUGAUUUUUAGUUGUAUCAAAAGUAGCAAUUUGUAUUCAAUUAUUCUUAUAAGUGAUUUAUUAUGAUUUAAAUGAGUUAUUUUUUUUUUACAUUAGAUUCAUUAAUUAUGUUACAUUAUAUUAUCAUAUUUUUAUUGGCUUAAUGCAUGUCUAGAUUACUUACAACUGCAACAGC